CCGUGGGAUCCUCCAUGUACUGUCUGUGUCUCUCCAGUGUAUGUAUGCGGUGGGAUGAGGUGGCGGGGGGUUGUUAUGACUCGGUGAUGGUGCUCCGCCUCUCUCUGUCAGCCGGUGUUCUCGUACAAUGAGCAGAGCCAUGUCCGGGAGAGCGGCUCUAUCCUGUACACAGCCACGUUCAGCACCGCGGACAGCACCAUGGGAUAAGGGUCAGUGAGCAGUGCAGUCUUUGUUCUCAGCCCGAUCACUGUCCCCGCUCUCAGACACCCAGCCAGGAGGAGGAGGAGGAGGAGGAUGGAUGGUGUGGCCGGUUCCUUCUCCCCAUGCUGCCAAUGGGCCUGACCGGCAGGAGCUGUCCGAGGUGCUGGAAUGCUGAGUGCUGAUCGCGGCUUGUCUCACCAGGUAGGUUCCUUCUUUGUUCCCCCAUCCAAUCCACACUACAACAAUAGACAUCCACCGAGUACAGACACAGAGAGAACAAGGGGACCGGGGCCAACACCAUGAGCCACACCAAGGAGGCAUCUCACCAGGAACAAGCCAUCUUCAUGGACCACCACAUCUUCUACCUAUCCCUGCCUCCCCCGAGCCCAUUCCAAUGAGGAGCCCCAUACACCUCACAGCCAUUGUAUUGGAGGCUGCUACUACAAUCUUCACUGGAGGCUUCUCCUCCACACUUCAGUCCAGGGUGGCCCUGGCACACACCCAUCAUCUAUUCAUAUUGCUUUUUAUAGGUCUCUGGAUCUGGCAAACUGCUCAAGCCAACUUUAAAGGCCAAAGCCUUGACUGAGAACACUGCUAGGAUACCAACCUCCAAGGAUGUAGGACUUCACACUGUGCACUACUUCUUGGUGACAUGCACUUUACAUAAACAAAGACCCAAGUCUGUUUUAUGGUGCUCCUGUACCCUUUCUUAUUGCACUGACUACUACCCUGAGGAAGGGCUUCUGCCCACCACUACACUGGCCAACUAGGACAGAGCAAUUUACCUAUUCUUAGAUUAUCUGUGACAAGAUGAUGAGUGCAAGUCAAGAGGACGAUACUUUGGACACUUUCCUCCAAUAUAUAGAAGAUAUGGGGCUUAAGGCUUAUGAUGGCCUGGUAAUACAGAAUGCUUCGGACAUUGCACGGGAAAAUGAUCGCUUGAGAAAUGAAACAAACCUGGCUUACUUAAAAGAGAAGAAUGAAAAACGCCGGAAGCAAGAGGACGUUAUUAAACGUAUUGGUGGAGAAGUGGUAAGAGGAAGUGAAGGGAAUUACGUCAAUAAGCACUUCCGCAUGGGAUUUAUGACAAUGCCUGCACCGCAAGAUAGACUACCACAUCCAUGUUCUAGUGGAUUUUCUGUGCGCUCGCAGUCCCUCCAUUCUGUCGGUGGCACUGAUGAUGAAAACAACAGUUGUUCCCGCAAACAACCUCCUCCAAAGCCAAAACGAGAUCCAAACACAAAGCUAAGCAUUUCAUCAGAGACUGUUAACACUGGAACGCUAGGCAAGAGUCCAAAGUUCACAGACAGGACAGAUGCGGCAGCAAAGCAAAGACCUCACAGUGAUGAGUACACAAAGAAGAUUCCUCCACCCAAACCCAAACGGAACCCAACAACUCAUCUCAGCACAUCAUUUGAUGAGACAUACAUUAAAAAGCAUGGUCGAGUUAAGGGUAGCCUGUAUAGAGAAUUAUCUUCAUCUCAACUCAGCAGUGCUGCUUUAGAUCGAGGAGAUGAAGAACCUGUUUAUAUAGAAAUGGUAGGGAAUAUAUUAAGAGACUUUAAAAAAGAUGAUGAAGACCAGUGCGAGGCAGUGUAUGAAGAAAUGAAAUAUCCUAUAUUUGAUGAUGUUAGCCAAGAUUCCAGGUGUCUUUAUGAAAUGGAUCAUGUUAGUUGUUCUUCUCAGUGUCCUACUCCCACAGUGCCUGAUUUAGAAUUCACCAAGUCCUCAGUGCCAUCAACUCCCAAAGGCCAGACUUGUGAUAUCCCCCCUCCAUUCCCAAAUCUACUCUCUCAAAGGCCUCCUUUAUUGGUGUUUCCACCAGCACCAGCACAGUGUUCACCAAAUUCAGAUGAAUCUCCUCUAACUCCUCUUGAAGUGGCAAAGCUUCCUGUAUUAGAAAAUGUGUCUUACAUAAAGCAGCAAACUGCUAGUUCACCAUCUUCACAUACAGCACACAUUCCAGGGCAUCAGAAAGUGGAGAAAGACCAAGCAGUGGUGGUUCAUGGAAGUACUUCAUCUGGGCAUUCCUCUUCACCACCACAUGCUUCAACAACAUACAGAACACAGUCUCCUCAUGGUUAUCAUAAAAGUCAUUCUGCUUCUCCUUCCCCUGUGAGCAUGGGUAGGUCACUGACUCCUCUAAGCCUCAAACGACCUCCACCCUAUGAUUCAGUGCAUUCAGGAAGUCUGUCAAGAAAUUCUCCAUCAGUGCCUCAUUCUACUGGCAGAAACACUCCACAAGAAGGAAAGUUAAUGAAUUCAUCUACCAGUACUUAUUGUAUAUCUCAAAGCAGCUCACGUUCCAGAACACCAACAAGUCCCCUUGAGGAAUUAUCAAGCCUCUUUACCUCAGGAAGGAGUCUGCUAAGGAAGCCCUCCAGUGGAAGACGUUCUAAAGAACCUUCAGAAAAACCGCCAGAUGAAAUGAAGAUCAGGAGUCAUAGUACAGAACCCUUACCAAAGCUGGAAAACAAAGAACGAUCUAGUCACCAUACCUUACCAUCCUCCAGAGAGAAGAUGAAAGCUCAGGAAUGGGAUGGAACUCCGGGCCCAAAUCAUAUUUCCAGCAGACUUGGAAGAUCGUCAGUCAGUCCAACAAUGUUAGCAGGAAGCAAUAGCUCUGAAAUGAAAAUCAGCUGCAAAUUAGGUCGAUCAGCCUCCACGUCAGGUGUGCCUCCUCCUUCAGUAACCCCCCUCAGGCAAGCCCAUGAACAACUACAGAGCCAGAUGCCCCCUAUGCAGUGGCUAUAUGGUGACCACAAAAUGAUGGAAAUGAUUGAGAAAAAGCGUACUCUGUGCAGAGAGAUUAAAGCAAGACAAAAAACAGAAAAGGGACUCUGUAAACAAGAGAGCAUGCCUAUCCUACCCAGCUGGAAGAAGACCAACGGGUCAAAGAAGUACAGCCCUCCUCCCUAUUCCAAACAACAGACUGUCUUCUGGGACACAGCUAUAUGACGUAGACAUAGUUUAAAGACUCUGUCACAUGAAUCUAAGGUUUGAAUUGCACAGGUAGCAAUGUUCACUUGAUAGAGCAGUUGCAUUUCAUGCAUAGGGGACAUCCAUGCACUCAAUGUCACUGUUCACCUAUUGCAGCUCAAAGAAGAUUGACCUACCUACUUCACGUCACAUAUAUUUAUCAAGAUUUUUUUAAAAGAUAUAUACAACAAUAUUAAAUGUAAAUAAGGAAUCUGUUUAUGAGAAAAAGAAAGUACAUUGUUAGAAAAUAAAUUAUUAAAAUUUUACGAAUAAUUUUGAUAUUUUGUGUAAUGUACUAAAUGUAAUGUUGUUUACUAUUUUAUGUAAUAUUUUCCUGUUUCAUCUGAUUCUCACUUUGAAUUUAUUUCUGAGGCAUGCCUUUUGUUUUCCUUCUUCAUAGUGUCCUAUAAUUACCUAUAUGUGUUAUUUACAUAACAGGAAACAGAAGGAUGACAGAGAUAUAUAAAAUUUUCCAACAAUAUAUUUUAAAUGGUACUUAACGUGAGGAACAAUCUUAUAGGAUAUACUACCUACAGUAUGUUGUGUGGAGUCAUUUUUCUGCUCAGCCCUUGGUCAUUGCAGAUUGAUACUAAGUAUCUUUUAUUGCUAUUAUAAGUACUGUAUUUAUUGGCGUAUAACACUCACUUUUUUACCCUGAAAAUAGAGGAUAAACUGUG